AUGAGGUCUCUGGUCAUCCUGCCGUCCCUGCUCCUCCUGGGAGCCCUGGCCCAGCACGACUGGACGUACACAGAGGGGCCGAGCGAUGAGACGCACUGGCACGAGGAGUACCCCACCUGCGGGCGGGACAGACAGUCGCCCAUCGACCUGCAGAGGAGGAAGGUGCAGUACAACCCCGCCCUGAAGGCGCUGAACCUGACCGGCUACGACGUGCAGGGCGGCGACUUCUCCAUGAUCAACAACGGCCACACAGUGCAGAUCAGCCUGCCCCCCACCAUGCGCAUGACCACGGCCCAGGGCACGGAGUACGUGGCCCUGCAGAUGCACUUCCACUGGGGCGGCGCGUCGUCGGAGAUCAGCGGCUCCGAGCACACCAUCGACGGGCUCCGAUACGUGGCUGAGAUUCACGUCGUCCACUACAAUUCCAAAUACGGAAGCUACGACGUAGCCAAGGAUGCUCCCGACGGCCUGGCCGUGCUGGCGGCCCUCAUCGAGGUCAAGGACAACGCGGAAAACACCUAUUACAGCAACUUCAUUUCUCACUUGAAAAACGUCAGGUAUUCAGGACAAAGCACCGUUCUGAGCGGCCUUGACAUCCAGGACAUGCUGCCCCCAAACCUCCGCCACUACUACAGCUACUGGGGCUCCCUCACCACGCCGCCCUGCACGGAGAACGUCCACUGGUUCCUGCUGGCCGACACCGUGCAGCUCUCCAAGGCUCAGAUUUGGAAGCUAGAGAAUUCCUUAUUGGACGACCACAACAAGACCAUCCGCAAUGUUUACCGCCGGGCCCAGCCCCUGAACGACAGAGUGGUGGAAGCCAACUUCGUGUAUCACUCUAAUUACCAACACGCUCUGGGCGCUGAGCUCCAGUUCUACCUGCGCAAGAUCGACGGGAAGCUCGAUGCGCUGAUGAGCUUCAUUGAGAAGAGAGCGAGGAGAAGAGGCUGGUACCACUGA